GUUAAAAUUACUACAAAUUAAAAAAAAAACCAAAUUCUUAAUUUUAAUGACCAGCUUAAUGAUUGAAAUAAUUUGAUUUACUGCAGUUUAUCUUCUGUUAGAAAUUACAUAUUUCGAACUUAAGCUUGUACUGAAAAAAAACAUAUUUAGGACGUACAAUGGUGCUUUUAGCUAUUGAUUUCCCAAGGAUAUAAAUACCUAAACAUUUUAUUAAUAUGUUAAACCAUUUGUUUUUAGAUUCUCUGAUAAAUGUUGUCGAUGUUUCAAUAUCUGUUGAGCUGAUAGGACAAGAUAUAUUUUUUGAAAUUUUAGAGCCUGAAGAUUUGCGAUAUACUUACAGAACACGUCCUGCUAAAAAUUUUGGUCCAUCCUUUAAUGCAAGUUUUGUUGAGAGAAACAUACGUUUAGUUCCUGUGCAACCAGCUAAUGGAUGUGUUUGGCCCUCUAAUGCUCAUGAAAUACGAGGAAACAUUGCAUUAAUAGAGAGAGGGUAUUGCUCUUUUUUAAGUAAAACUAUCAGAGCAGAGGAGGCUGGAGCAAGAGCGGUGAUAAUAGCAGAUAACAAAGAAAGUGAUGAGUAUUUUACAGAAAUGAUUGAUGACUUAACUGGUAGAAACACGAAUAUACCAGCAACAUUUCUUUUAGGAAAAAAUGGGUAUGUUAUACGGAAAAUACUGCAUAAACUUAACAUGAAGUAUGCCUUAAUCAAUAUUCCUGUGAAUGUUACUUAUGUGCCUUUGAACGAAUGGAAGCAGCCUCCUUGGCUUACAUGGUGACAACAGCAACGUACAUAAUAUUAGAUCAAUU